AUGGAAGAGGAGAAUAGAGACGUAGAGGCUUGUGGAGCUGGAAAAAGAAACUCCAGUGUGCCAUAUCAAGGUGGUUCUACAGUUAAUGAAUCAUGUCUUUCAUCUUCGCCUGCUGCUUCCUGUGUUAUACCAGUUUGUCGGCAAUUUUGGAGAUCUGGGAACUAUGAAGUAGGGGAGAGGUCGAAGCUUAAAGCAGCAAAGCAAGAUGGGAGAAAUCAGUUUCGUGUACAUCCAAUGUUCCUUCAUUCCAAUGCCACCUCUCAUAAAUGGGUCUUUGGUGCCAUAGCUGAGCUGCUUGAUAAUGCAUUUGAUGAGGUACGAAAUGGUGCUACUUUUGUUCAUGUUGACAAAAUCUCAAAUCCUCGGGAUGAGAGUCCAGCUUUGUUAAUCCAAGAUGAUGGUGGUGGAAUGGACCCAGAAGCUAUAAGGCUUUGUAUGAGCUUUGGAUUUUCAGAUAAGAUGAAACAUGCUAUUGGACAGUAUGGAAAUGGUCUCAAGACUGGCUCUAUGAGACUGGGAGCAGAUGUUAUAAUUUUCACUCGUCACGUGAAAAUGAGUACUAUGACUCAAAGUGUUGGACUCCUCUCUUAUACAUUUCUGAGACAAAUGGGUUAUGACAGGAUAGUUGUACCAAUGGUGGAUUACGAGUAUAACUCAUCAACUAAAGCAUUUGGGCCCAUACCUGAACAUGCCAAAGAACACUUUGCUUCAAACCUCUCAACGGUGUUGAUGUGGUCUCCUUAUUCAACAGAAAAGGAACUUCUGAACCAGUUUGAUGAUGUAGGCCAUCAUGGAACAAAAAUUGUUAUCUACAAUCUUUGGUUAAACAACGAUGGGGAUAUGGAGCUAGAUUUUGAUUCUGAUCCCAGGGAUAUUCGUAUCCAUGGGCACCCAAAAAUAUGUAUGGGAGGUGACAGCACAAAACAAAGUUUUGAUCAGCACAUAGCCAACAGAUACCACUAUUCACUUCGUGCAUACUUAUCGAUCCUAUAUCUGCGGCUACCUUCACGCUUCAAUGUUAUACUACGAGGACAAUUUGUCAAGCACCAUAAUAUUGCUGAUGAUCUCAUGUAUCGUGAGUACAUAGCAUAUAAGCCUCAGACUGGUCACACUGAGGCUCUAGUUGUUACUACCAUAGGUUUCGUGAAGGAAGCUCCUAGCGUAAACAUUCAUGGUUACUGCAUCUACCACAAGAACCGUCUUAUAUUGCCAUUUUGGAAUGGACGUAAAACUACAACAGGCAGUCGGGGAAGAGGUGUUGUGGGUGUUCUUGAAGCAAAUUUUAUUGAGCCAACACACAAUAAGCAAGAUUUUGAGAAAACUUCCCUCUCUCGAAAGCUGCAAGACCGCUUAAAGCUAAUGACACAGGAGUAUUGGCGUUUGCACUGUGAACUGAUUGGUUAUAAACCAGAGAGAAAAACUAAAGUAACAUCGUCUUCGCGGGCAUACUUGCUAGAUUUUGUGGUCCCAAAAAGGAAGAGAUCUGCUUUAAACCAAACCAGGAGACACCAAGGUUCAAAUAGGAAGAAUAAGGAGGUUAAUCCCCCAGAAACUGAUACUGUCCACCAUGGAGAAUUGCAGCCUGAAAAAAGGAUCAAGAAUGAAGUGGAACAUUCAGAGAAAAUAAUUCUGAUGCAAAGAAACAAAAGGCUGCACUCACAGCUAUUGGAGUUAGAGAAGAGGGAAAAAGAACUUAACAUGAAGGUGCAGCAACUUCAAAGUGAAUUACAGGAUGCCCAGCAUGAGUAUAAAAUGCUGGAGUCAAAAUUACUGGACAUGUCUUAGGA